AUGUUUACAAUAGGAAAAGAUAAUGAUAGAAUACUUUCACAAUCACCAACAGGCUAUCAACAAUUUUUUCAAACAUCAUCACUUCAACGAUAUUCCGAAAACAAGUCAAAACUAGACAAUAACUUAAAUUCUGGCAAGAUAAUUCAAAAGAUUAAAGAAAUACCAAAAAGAGAAAAUAUAUGGAAUGUUCCUAAUGUAUUCACAUUGUCUAGACUAGCGGCUUCACCAAUUAUUGGAUAUUUUAUUUUGAAUCAACAAUAUGAAUUGGCGUUAGGAUUAUUUUUCUAUGCUGGUAUUAGUGACCUGUUGGAUGGAUUUAUUGCUAGGAAGUAUAACAUGAAAACUAUGGUCGGAACAGUUAUGGAUCCAUUGGCAGAUAAAACUUUAAUGACUGUGUUGACGGUCACUUUGGCAAUGAAAAAUUUAUUACCAGCUCCAAUUGCAAUUAUAAUACUUGGACGUGAUGUUGGAUUAAUUAUUGCAUCAUUUUAUUAUCGAUAUAUUUCGUUACCACAUCCAAAAACUUUAACUAGAUUUUUUGAUAUGUCAAUUCCAUCAGCAGAAGUAAACACAACUUUACAAUUAGUACUCAUGGGAACAACUAUAUCAGGUCCAAUAUUUGGCUGGGUCGAUUCACAGGCUCUUGUCACAUUACAGUAA